AUGCCCAACAUCAUCAGCAAGGACUCAGACACCGCUGAAGACGCGACGGGUUCCGGCUACAUCUCAUGCAGCUACCCCAAGCUGGCCAAGCGAUACGCUUCGUUGUCCAAGUUCCUCAUGAAAGCUUUGAGUGCGGAGAUGAACUCUGAUCUCAGUAAACCGUUGUUCUAUGGAGACGAAACAAGUGGAUACUGCUUGUACCGGAUCUUCAAGAUCAAAGAUAAUAGUGCAAGAGGAGGCGAAAGGAAAUACUGCUUGCUCUAUAUAAGUGAUGAUGAAAAAAAAGUGUUGCCUAAUUGGGACAUUAUAGAUACUUAUCAGAGUACAUUUAUAUCCAAUGUUCAACACAAGGUUACCAAGGCAAAUGUUGCCCAAUCCGUUAAUGGUGAUAAUGUUCUUAAUGGGGAAACGUAUUUGAGACGUCAAUUGAAUUCUCCGAAAUCUUUGAUGACUUUGACCAAUGAUAAAAUGAUUUUUGUCGAGUUCCAUUCUUGGGCAUGUUCUCUCUUAGCAGACACAGAAUAA